GAGACCUAAAUCUGUCCGGCGAGCACCGUUUGACGAGGAGAAAAUGAUGAGUUGGAAUAGGGUUGAAGAAGAUGAGGAGUACAACCGUGCUGUAAAUCACUACUGGCGUCAAGUUGCUCUUACGGAUGGUUUCGACGUCGAAGGUAUCAAACAACCACCACAUCCGGUGAACUAUGGUGGAAUGAUUUGCAUCACUGUUCCAGAGGAAGGGUGGUGGGGACCUCCUUUUCGUAGGGAGGUCACCCUUUAUGCAAGAUUUGGUCUUCAUCGCUUCAAUAUGAAGGAGGGUACAAAGUGGGAGCUUGAUAAUAUCAUCAAAUUCAACGUCAGGACCCGAAAUCUUGCUUCUACUUUCUUCAUAACUUUGGCUGCAGACCGUCGGAGGCAAAUUCUCCAGGUUCGAGUCGAUGAAAUCAAAAAUGGAUCUGGGCGUUUGGAUCUGGUUUGUUCUAUUGCCAAAGUUAAAGGUGACCGAGACUUGGCAAGUGCUUUGAUCUUGCCUGGGACUGGUAAAGCCACGAAUUCGAGGUCAUGUGAUGUCAAUUCCGAAUCUGUUGGCUAUGCCGGCAUUAUGCUUAGAAAUGCUGCAAUAACCGAUAUCCGCGGUGGCAAUGCUACUAACGUUCAUGGGAUGGAACAUGGAUGUGGGCUUGGGUUUGGUCUUCAUCAGCGGUACAAAUCUCAGUUUAUGAAGGUUGUGAAUGUUGUUAGAGAGCAUUUCUUGCAGAAAUUGAAGGCGAAAAAGGACACGUCGGAUCUACUAUUGAUCAUAGCCGAAAUAACAGCGUACUUAGAUGACCGGAUGUAUCUCAAGGAACCUGAAGGAAGAAGUAUGAAGACGACGAGUACCUUGUCCUCCGAAUAUACUGCUGAAAUAAAUCAACAGAACGACAAUCAGAAUUACAAGAAUAAUUAUUAUAGAGGCUACUAUUGAUUUUAUGUAUCAUCUCAAUUUUCAUCAUUGUUGUAACAUAUAUAUGAUCACAUUAGUUGUCUCACAAGAAGCUUUCUUUUUCUUUUAUUUCACUAUUUUGUUUCAUUUAAAUUUCAGUAUUAAAGAAAUGGAAUUGAGUUCA